AUGAAAAUUUUAAUUCAUCAUUUAAUAUUUAUAUCUUUUAUACUCUCAGUAAUAUCUGCAUCAACACAAUCGGAUAAAAACAUUUUAGUGUUGGUUGGAGAGACAGGUUCAACAAAAUCAUCAACAGGAAACUUUUUAAUUUCUGAUGAUCGGUUCAAAGUCGGAUUCUUUAUUAAAUCUCAAACCAAAACCACUCAAUUAGAAUGCCCUUCGUCUCCAUCAAUUCCUUGCAUUCUAGACACACCAGGUUUAAUAGAUACUGAUGGUUUUACUGACAAUGAAAUCCUGGAACUUAUUAAAUCAAAGUUAUUGGUCGAGGCUCCAAACAAAAGAGUUAAAAUUGCAUUUGUAUUAAACGGACAAUCCAUUAGAUUAAGAAUAUCGACACUUCUUUCAUCAAUAAUGUCUAUAUUUGGACCUAAAGUAAUGGACUCUAUGAUUUUCUUGGUCAACUCUUGUGAUAGUUUGGAGAAAAAUGGCAUUUCCAAAGAAAAUUUCACCGAUUAUAUCGUUAGUAAUAUUGGACAUUUAUAUCAAAACCAAAAAACUCUAGUUGAUAGAAUCGUAUAUUACGAUAGUCAUAAUAGUUUGGAAAAAUAUUUGCAAUCGAUUUUACAAUCAUUAGAAUCAGUAUCUCCUAUCUCAAUCGAUGGUCUGAACGAAUUAGAAAUCGAAGCUCAGUCAUGCCUCUUAAAAGAAAUUGAUAAUCCAUCAAACUGGAAAGUGUGGACCGAAAAUCAUCCACUUAUUGUUUCUAAGACUGUCGACAAAACCGUUACUAUCAAAGUACCUUAUACACAAGAAUGUAACUGUCGUAAAAUUUGUAGAAAAAAAAUAUUUGGAAAGUGCAUAAGAAGAAAAAAAAUUUGUGAUUCUUGUGUAUAUCAUAGAGAUGAAACCAAAACUGCUCAGGAUAUUGUCUACGAGACACAUAACAACUAUAUUGAAAAGAAAGAGAGAUUAAAUACAGAUGAAUAUCUCUUACAGAGAUGUAAAUCAGAUAUUUCCAAUCGUAUUGAAUCAAUCGUUUUGGAAGCUGUAUCAAUAAGAAAUAAUAUCAACAGUUAA